GGUUUCCCCGGAUAUGUGGGUGUGCGCCUCUCGGGAGGGGAGGGCCGAGGAGGGGAGGAGGAGGAAGGGGGAGGUUACUGGCGGCGGCGGCGGCGGCGGCGGCCCGGGCUCGGGCUGUCGGGGAAGCUGCUGAGCUGUGAUGGUGAUGACGAGGUGAAAAUGGCGGAUCUUUCGAAAUACAAUCCCGGCCCCUGACAUACCAGAGGCGGCGGCGGCGGCGGCGUCGCCACCCGGGCUCCCUCCUCGGCCCUCCGGUCCCCUGUAGCGCUCCAGUUCGGGCAAACUGGGAAAGGAAGCGGCUGGCCAGAGCUACCGUGCACUGGCAAAACAAGCACCGCCCGGGCUCGGAAUUGCCCGGGACCUUCUGGAGCCCCCACCUCGGAGCCAGAGGGAGGAGAAAGCGACAGCCGCUGGAGCACCUGAUCAACUUUCUAGCAGGAGAACGAUCAUGGAGGUGGUGCCAGCUGAGGUGAAUAGUUUGCUUCCAGAGGAGAUAAUGGACACUGGUAUAACUUUAGUGGAUGAUGAUAGUAUUGAGGCUGUUAUUGUUUCAUCCCCAAUUCCCAUGGAGACAGAACUGGAAGAAAUUGUCAACAUAAAUUCUACUGGUGACUCUACAGCCACGCCCAUUUCCACGGAACCAAUCACAGUGUACAGUAACCACACUAACCAAGUUGCAGUGAAUACCACAAUUACUAAAGCAGAUUCUAAUACCACAGUGAAACCAGCUUUUCCAAGUGGCCUUCAAAAACUUGGUGCUCAGACUCCUGUGACUAUAUCAGCCAAUCAGAUUAUUUUAAACAAAGUAUCACAGACAUCUGAUCUUAAACUUGGCAAUCAGACCCUUAAACCAGAUGGACAGAAGUUAAUUUUAACAACUUUGGGCAAGUCUGGUUCACCAAUUGUUUUAGCACUACCCCAUAGCCAACUACCCCAGGCUCAGAAAGUUACAACUCAGGCCCAGUCAGGAGAUGCUAAGUUACCACCGCAGCAAAUUAAAGUAGUUACCAUUGGAGGGAGGCCAGAGGUGAAACCUGUCAUUGGUGUCUCAGCAUUGACCCCAGGAAGUCAACUGAUUAAUACUACAACUCAGCCCUCUGUGUUACAGACCCAACAGUUAAAAACAGUACAGAUUGCUAAGAAGCCUCGAACACCAACUUCUGGUCCAGUAAUCACGAAGCUGAUCUUUGCAAAACCAAUUAAUAGUAAAGCAGUUACAGGACAGACAACUCAAGUGUCACCACCAGUCGUUGCAGGAAAGGUUUGUGAUGGUACAGGAGGCUGGUGUCUUGAGGGCUCUGUGGAAGGCAGCUAUGGCCCCAGAGGAAAGAUUGGACAGGGUUUGGAUUUGAAGCUGGUUCAGGACCUGGGGCUUCAGGUGGCUCAAAGUAGGGUUCUUUCACAGUCUACUCCCGGGACUCCAUCAAAGACCAUAACAAUAUCUGAAAGUGGUGUUAUUGGAUCGACUUUAAAUUCUACAACACAGACACCAAAUAAAAUAGCCAUCUCACCUUUGAAAUCGCCAAAUAAGGCAGUGAAAUCAGCUGUGCAGACCAUCACUGUCGGAGGCGUGAGCACAUCACAAUUUAAGACAAUUAUUCCUCUGGCCACUGCUCCCAAUGUCCAGCAGAUUCAAGUGCCUGGAAGCAAGUUUCAUUAUGUCCGACUUGUUACUGCCACAACAGCCAGUAGCUCAACCCAGCCAGUUAGUCAGAAUCCCAGUACAAACACUCAGCCUCUUCAGCAAGCAAAACCAGUGGUGGUUAAUACCACUGCAUUGCGGACGUCCGUUCCCCUUGUCUCGGCGCAGGCUGUCAAACAAGUUGUUCCAAAACCUAUCAAUCCAACUUCACAAAUAGUUACUACCAGCCAGCCACAGCAGCGACUCAUCAUGCCUGCCACACCACUGCCGCAGAUCCAGCCAAACCUCACAAACCUGCCACCAGGCACUGUGCUGGCACCGGCUCCGGGCACAGGGAAUGUCGGUUACGCAGUGCUUCCAGCUCAGUAUGUUACUCAGCUUCAGCAGUCUUCAUAUGUGUCUAUAGCAAGCAACUCUAACUUUACCGGAACACCUGGUAUCCAGACUCAGGCAAGGCUUCCAUUCAACGGCAUAAUCCCAUCAGAGUCUGCCAGCCGGCCCAGAAAGCCCUGUAAUUGUACAAAAUCGCUGUGCUUGAAAUUAUAUUGUGAUUGCUUUGCAAAUGGUGAAUUUUGCAACAACUGCAAUUGUACUAAUUGUUAUAAUAAUUUGGAACAUGAAAAUGAAAGGCAAAAAGCAAUAAAGGCAUGCCUCGACAGAAAUCCAGAAGCUUUUAAGCCUAAAAUAGGGAAAGGAAAGGAGGGAGAAUCAGAUCGACGUCACAGCAAAGGAUGUAAUUGCAAACGAUCAGGAUGUCUUAAAAACUAUUGUGAAUGCUAUGAGGCAAAAAUAAUGUGUUCCUCAAUAUGCAAAUGUAUUGGCUGUAAGAAUUUUGAAGAAAGCCCAGAAAGAAAGACAUUGAUGCACUUGGCAGAUGCAGCUGAAGUAAGGGUACAGCAGCAGACAGCAGCAAAGACUAAGUUGUCCUCUCAGAUUUCGGACUUGCUCACUAGACCAACACCAACUUUGAAUAGCGGAGGAGGAAAAUUGCCAUUUACAUUUGUAACUAAAGAAGUAGCUGAAGCCACGUGUAAUUGCCUUCUUGCCCAGGCAGAGCAGGCAGACAAGAAGGGGAAAUCAAAGGCAGCGGCUGAACGGAUGAUCCUUGAGGAAUUCGGACGAUGUCUGAUGAGCGUCAUCAACUCUGCAGGAAAAGCAAAAAGUGACCCUUGUGCCAUGAAUUGCUAACUCUUGCACAAAAGACUGAUAAAUGGAACUGUACAGAAGAUUGAAGGUGCAAGGACACUUGAUUUUCUGGAAGAUAGUUUAACAAUUAUUGUAUUGUUAAUUCAGUCCUGUGAGACCUGCAAUUAUAAUAUUGAAAAAGAAGAAAUUUUAAAUGAGGAAGUUAGUACAUUUUAAUUCUUAGUUAAAUCUGCUUAUGCCCCUUCUAAAUUGAAUUUUUCUUUAUUGUAUUAUAUAGAUUUUAAAUUUGCUUGGGUUUCUUAAGAAUUAGAUGUUCUAUCCUUCUGAUUCUAGUGACAAAGAACAUUUAUAAAUUACUAUAUUUAUAAGGUAUGGCGUUGUAUGACUUUGUUCCAGUAGGAAAAAGCCAAAGCAGCAUUGGUAUUACCCAGUCAUUCUUUGGUACAAGACCUAGAAUAUAAGCAGACGGAAUGUCUACAUAAACAAAUUCUUAUGAAACAUUCAAAUAGCAUUUUGUGUUUAGAAAAGUACUAUCUUUUAAGAGAAAUCAACUUUUUAGGGCAGAUUCUGGUAUAAUAUCCUAUUGUCACUUUGGGAAUGUCAGAAGGGGAAGUAAUCCAUAGGCACACUUUUAAAAUAAAAAAGUUUUGUUUUUUUAAAAAAACAAAGUAUUAUGAGACAGUAGGUAAUUCUUAAAGGAUGGGCAAUGUGUUUCCAUAGUAAGGAGUGACUGAGAAAUGCCCUGGGAUGUUUCCAUUUUCUUUCAAGGAGGUGGUAUGUAUUUGAAAUGAUAAUAAAUUGUCAAAGUGAUUACUGGGUACUAUUAAAACGAAAGGUGCAUAUGAAUAGAAGUAAACAUAUUAUUAUUCUGUAGUGAUAAUAUAGAACCUUACAUAAUUAUCAGGUAUAAAAUUUGGCUUGGGUAGAGAAAUAAAGAAUAUUGAAGCUCUAAGAGAUGAAUUUAGGGAAGGACUUUUCAUCUGUACAAACAGUUCUCUUUAUAUGCUUUUGAACUAAGAGGUUUCAAACCAGUAUAUGACUAUUACUUGAUUUACUGAAAUGGGCCUCCUAACAAAGCUUUCAAAAUUGUAGUGAGAUUUCUUUUUAUAAGAGAAGCUUAAUAUGGCAUUAUUUUUAGCCAGUGAUUUGGUAAGCUGAAGCUAUGUUUUCAUAUAAUUAUUAAAAUAACCUAAAUCAUUUUCAGUAAUUCAAAAUUCAAAAGCUUUAUGAAUUUAAGAGCCUGUUAUAAUAGGACUCUGGAUUUUAUGACAAGAAAAAACCAUGUUGGAAUUCAGGCAUUUUGUUAGGUACCUUAAUCCUCAGUAAUUAUUAGUAUAUGAUUAUUACAUUUCCUACAAGGAAUCGAUAGUUGUAUGUAUUAAGUGUGUAUAUAUGUUCAUAUGAACACGUAAGAUAUAGGCAAUAGAAAUUCAGUAAUCCAAAAGAAGAUUCCGUUAUUCAUUAAAGUAUCUUCCUUUUGAAAUUUGGAUUUAUAAAAUUAUAGUGCAGUAACUUUAAAUGUAGAUAGUGCAAACAUUCUUUAGCACCUCAAUCUAGUAUGUUUAAUUAAAAUUUGUAUAAAUGUAAAUUAGUGUAAGAGGAUAAAAUAAUAUCUAAUCAAGUUAUUUUUCAAAGGAUUACAGUACCUUUUUGGUCUAAACCUAAACUUUGUUCAUUUUGUACAUACUUUGUGUUUAAUUCUAAUUGCACCUUUGUGAUGUGUAUUUAUAUACAGUGUGCAGAAAAUGUUUGUGAAAUUUGGAUUACAAUUGUAGAUUAUGUAUGAUGGCAUUGCUUGAGAAUGUUUUGCUUGUAAAAAUUUGAAGGUGCAAUCAAAUGCUACUAGUUUUUCUGAUUUUCAAGAAGCUAUCUGAAGUAUUAAGCCUCUUCCUUCCUGUGUAGUCCUUACUAAACAACUUUUUGUAUUUAGGUGUUUGCAUCAGAUUGCUGAACAAGAUUAAUAUCCACAUUAAUUCAACAAUUUUAAAAGACUAUUUGGGGAGGGAUGGGUAUAUAAUUUUUUAGCUCUAUUUACAUCCCAAAGUAGAAAGAAUAAAUUUAUAUUUACUAGAGCUAUUCAAAGAAUACACUUUUCUAUAUUGUAAAAACAGGACAGCAAAGUAAAUCAUACAGAAAAUAAACAUUUAUACUAUUCUGUAAAACAAGGUUUUGCAUUUUUUCUUUAAUACCACCACUUUUAGCUAUUUAACAUGCAAGAAACCUUUUAAAAUCUCAUUUUGAGUAAAUUUGACAUUACUUUUGAAAGCACACAACUAAAAAUUAAUCUAGCAUUUUGCUCAAUUAUCAACAACACAUUGCUUUGAAACAGGAAUAUGUCUUCUCUUUUUUCCACUGUUUAAGGGCAGAAACCCCAUCUCCUCUUUCCUGUCUUGUAAUGUUUGAUGGUCUUAUGGGGAGCACCUGUCUUGCUUUCCUUUUCUCUCAAGAACUAACAGCAACCUGCAGGCCUUAUCUCUGGACGGACUCCGGGAAACAAGCUUAACAUGACAGGUAAUAAAAGCAGGGGAGCAGGAACUGGGGAGAGACGCCUGCUUUCACUUCCCCCUUCUUUCACAAGGACAGCUGACAUUUUCUCAGUCUUAUGUAAAAUGUGAAUAAAAGUACCUUUAGAAAAGUUUUCUAUUUUUAUUGUUCUGUAACACAGAUAGCUAAGAAAAUGAGUACUUGUUAUGUAAAUUCAGCUUCAAACCAGGACCUCCCGCCCUACCUGUGAUCAGAUUCUUCCCUUAAAGGGUUCUUAUAGGAAUUCUGGAACAGCAGCCCAAAGGAGAGGGAAGCAAAUCAGCUAGAAAGCCUUUACUGCUGGAGUUAUUUUCUAAUAUGUAAAUUACUUAGGGCUUUAUUUUUCCUUGUUAGGGUUUCUUUAAUGCAUGGUUUGUCAGUAUCUAAAAACCAAAUGUCUUGAUCAUGAUCCAAGUGAUUUUAUAAAAUGAAAGAU